GCAGCGUACACCGCCGGGGACAUCAAUGGUGGAGUACGCGUCCAUUCAGGGAAAGGUCUGAGAGAGACCGCUACUGGGGCUUACAUGGAGAGCUGAAAGUGAAUAUGAGGCACACGUCCUUAAUGAUGUACAUAUCUCCGGUCCUGCUAUUUAUUUUGUAUGUACAUAUCGAAUUUUCUGAAGCUGCACCUCGCAUCAGCCCCAGAGAUGCGUCGCCUAUGUCCAGGAAGCCCGGCUCAGCCUCCGACACCUGGGACACCUUCCACACCGACAUGCCUCCAACUCUACCCGAGAGCAGGGUAGCUCCCGGGCCUCGGAGCGGACUCACGCCGGCGCCUGCCAUUGUUUCAGCCGGCCCGAGCACCACCACUAAAGCUAGCUCUGUUUCUAAAACUGCAACCACCUUCCAGCUCCCGACUACGGACCCGACCACCGCCACCACCUCCACCCCAAAUACUGGAGUCUUUUCAGCCACUAAGGAACAAAAAAUAACAGCCCGGAUCACUGGCAAAAGAUCCACCGAUGCACAAACAUCACUUUUUACUCAGAAAAUGCUGCAGACCAUGGUGUCCAUGGUGUCCCAGCGCACAGCCAACGACCUGGCAGCGGAUAAUAUCGGCACAUCUGUUACCUCAAUAGAGAACAGUCAAGAGGGUCUGUGUAACUGCAGCAGUGGUGCUGAGGGGAUUAUGGAUCCGGAUGAUUGUGAUCAGAGCACCGGUAAGUGUUCGUGUCUGUUGGGCUACACCGGUCUACAGUGUGAGGACUGCGAGGAGGGACACUUCACCAACGGCACCAGCGGCUGCCUGCCCUGCGCCUGUGACUCCUUCGGUGCCGUGAACCACCUCUGUGACAGCUCAGGGAUAUGUGUGUGCAAGACGGGAGUGUAUGGACCAAAGUGUGAUGAAUGCCACCCGGGUUUCUUCCACUUUAGCAGCACCGGCUGCCGGCCCUGCCAGUGUCAGAACCACACCAGCUACUGCCAUCCACAGUCCGGAGUGUGUCUGAACUGUGAGGGCAACACCCAGGGAUCCAACUGUGAGGAGUGUAAGCCCGGCUUCUACCGCAGCCCUGAGACUGCCCUGACCGAGGCCUGUGCACCGUGCCCCUGCUCCAACUCCUCCUCCACCGGCAGCUGUCACACCGAUCCCAGUGGCUCCCCAGUGUGUGACCAGUGCCUUCCACGGUACGGCGGCCCACACUGUGACAAGUGUAGCGCCGGCUUCUACAAAGUGUCUGGGGUUUGUGCUCCGUGUGAGUGCAGCGGGAAUGCAGACCCUCAGGACCCCGCCCUCUGCCACCCUGACACCGGCCACUGCCUCCGCUGCAUCAACAACACCAGCGGGCCCCAGUGCCAGCUUUGUGCGCUGGGCUUCAUCGGGGACGCCCGGGCUCAUAACUGCACCCGUCCAACCUCCCGGCUCCUUCCCACACCAGCAGAAACAACCUCAACAGAGGCCCCCACAUCGACCUCCCCCUCCCCGACCACCACCACCAGCACCACUUUGACCUCGGCCACGGCCAGAGGUGUCCCAGCUUCCACGUCCAGCAACAACACGAGCACUGCACUGAGCACCGCUGCCACCACGCAGGCGCUGCUGACCAGCCUGAGCAGCCCCACCGACAACACCACCGCCGCCCUGACCGAGGUCUCCUGGACGCAGUUUAACAUCAUCAUCCUAGCCGUCAUCAUCCUGGUGGUGCUGCUGCUGCUGGGCUUCGUGGGAGGCGUGUACACGUACAGGGAGUACCAGAACCGCAAGCUCAACGCGCCCUUCUGGACAAUUGAACUGAAAGAGGACAACAUCAGUUUCAGCAGCUACCACGACAGCAUCCCCAACGCUGACGUGUCGGGCUUACUGGAGGACGAGGCCAACGAGGUGGCGCCCAAUGGCCAGCUAGCACUCACCACGCAGGGCAACUGCUACAAGGCUUAGCACGUCAUCCAUCCACAAACUGGACACCUAGAUUUACAGAUAACACAAAGCUGCUGGAAAUCCAAAGCUCCUUCAUGUAUGACUGCUUGUUCCCCUGCUGCUCUGCGCCACGUCACACACAGUGACCACAAGAAGACCUGAUCAAAGAGACGCAGAUGAAACUUUUUCCCUUUUUUGAUAUGAUUUUAUGAGGAAUGGGUGAUCAGUCAAAGUGUCCAAAGAACAAAGUGUUUGGUUUGAGCUGUGCCUGCGCAGGGUACUGUGGUGCACAUAGUUAAGUCAGUAACACGGCGUCAGACAGGUGCAGAGCAUUCAUCGUAUGGCUGAAACUCUGACACUGCUUCGAGAACUUACAGGAGCCUAGCAUUUCAGAUAUUUUUUAAAAAAGGACUUUUGACUGUUUUAAGUUAUAACUGGAUCCCUUGAUCGGUGAUCUCGAUAAACUGAGACAAUGAUUGUUAUUUAAUGAAUUUUUAUUCAGUUCUUAUUUAUUGUUUGACGUUUCAUUCUCGGGAGAAAUGCUGCACAUGUAUGGUGUGUUUUUUUCAUGGUGUUUUAUCUUUCGUGCUGUUGAAUGGUACUUUUAAAUCAGCCAAUAUGUUUUCAUGUAUAGUUUGUGUGUUUUUGGAGAGAAUCCUAGGGGAAGACGAAGGGUGCUGGCACAAGCAUUUGGAAUGACCUCAUCUUUUGUUUAUAGCUUCCUGUCUUUUGUUUAAGUGUGCCAGCGCGCCUGAAGUAUCUAAGAGGAGUGUUUCUUUGAGAGAAACAAUAGGUACCGUUUAUAAACUCGCACCACAUAGCACUACUGCACAGUAGUGACUUCUACUGGACUCUUAUAAAACCGCCACUUGUAAUCUAAUCUUCUCUUUGCUGCCUACCUCAGCAAAAGUUGAUCAAACCAUUUGAAAAAUGUGUCACAUUUAUGUGGAGGUUGGGCGCUGUGACUCACAUGAUAAGACCGUUAAAACAUCAACAGUAUUGUAGUGUUGAUACUGUUGUUAUGGAGUUGAAACCAGCCUGCACACAGUGACAUACCUGACGGUCUUUGUUAUCACCUGCAAUUAAGUUGCAUCAGCUAAAGCAGCUGUAAAAUCGAUAAAAGCUUCACACGUGAUCCCAGACGUGUUUCCUGUGUUGUUUAGGCAACCAUUGGUUGGGUGCACUUCAUUUUACCACGGUGAAUGAGUAAUUAUGGAACUAACUCCUCAGGUACUGGCUCUUUCCCUAAUGUGAUCACUGUAAAUAUGAUUAUUGUACAGAUGACUGUGAAUAGUAGCACUAUUAUUGUACAGGUAGAAUACUGUGUGUACACUGUCACUCAACAAGCUCCCGACCGUUCACUCUGCAGGGUGUGAUGUUGCGGUCAGCCCACAGCUUUUUGUAUUUUUAUUUUUAUUUGGUAUUCUCAAGUGGACUUUGCCAUAUACGCAGCUGCGGGACACAAAUGCACCACCCAAAACAAAGAUACAAAUUAUGUACAUAAUUCCCCCAAAAAUCAGAGCUCAAGUCUCGAAUAAAAAUGGGUUUAACUGUU